GUCCUUCAUAUUUGUGCGAACGGAAUUUAGAAAGGUACUGCCAACAGUUAAAAAAAAAAAUUAUUUUAAUACUAAGGUGAUUAAAACUAGUAUACUUUCUUAAACUUUUUCAUUAGAUUUGCAUAUUUAUAUCUAUGCUGAAUUGUUACAUUUCGGAAGCAGCCUAAGCGUCAAAGAUCGAUUUACAAUUUUAAUUCAUAUAGAUAGAUAGCUAUAAUAUAUAAAAUAUCUGAAAAUACGUGUACAUUAAAAAAAAAAAAAUGGCUAGCUCUUCGGAGGAGAAUAAGGAAAUAAUUAAUUUGAAGGAUGCCUUCAAUCUAAGCAUUAUAAACAGGGAAAAUACCUUACUAAUUAAUAAUGAAAACGAUGACGAGUGUUUUCCGCAUGCGAUUCUGAUGGACCGCAGGAGCAUCGACCUGUUUAAUAUGGAUUUGACAAAGUACCAAAAAAGCGAGUACAAAAGAAUUUUUAAUUUGAACUCACGGCGACUUACUGACGAACCCAAAUUCACAUCUGAACCUUCGGCGAAUGGAAAAUCAUCCGAUUCUGAAGAUACGAAAACAAAAAAAAGAAAGGAGGAUAGCACUUUAAUGCCUCGAAUUCAUACCGUUUUGAGUUUCUUUGUGCCUUUUAUAGGUUGCCUCUCCUAUUUGUUUAGUUUAAAAUAUGACGAAUCAUCGCUCAGACGUAAAUAUGCCAGUCGGGCGCUGUGUGUUGGGAGCGCCUUAAGCGUCAUUUACUCAUUUAUCAUAUGUUCCUUAUUGGGGCACUAUGUUUAUCAGUAUAACUCUGACGACUUAUAUGGAUAUACAUAUUAGUUUGAUGUGUGCAUUUGUGAAUGCGCGUGCAAAAGUAUGUGCGCACGGGCGUAA